AUGGGUUACGAUAAAGCUGUGCUUGCGGAGCACCGGCGUGCCGUGCACGAGUUCCGUGUCGUUGAUUCGGGGGUGGUCUACCAGUGCCAGAUCUGUCCGUCCAAGUUUUUGCACCAUGAUCGCCUGCUGUGCCACUUGCAGAGGCAUACCACCACGGGAUCCUUUGACUGCUUCCUGUGCGCAAAGAAAUUCUCGAGAGAGCAGCACCUUGUGCGUCACGUCAUGACUUUGCACAGCAGAGUAGAGACCUUCCCCUGCCACCUGUGCCCGAGCAAGUUUUCACGCAAGGACAACCUUGUUGCACACAUUCAGUCCCACAGCAACAACUACGAAUCAUGGGCUACCACAAGUGCUGCUGAAAGCCAAGCCAUAGCCAGUGUUGUAUCCUGGGAAGGUGGUGGCAGCCCAAAUGCCACGAUGUGCAGCGAUGGUGGCUUCACAAGCCAUGAUGAAGCUGUGCUUGCCGAGCACCAGCAAGUGGUCCAUCAGUUUGGUACCAGUGAUCCGGGGCCAGAAUACCAGUGCAAGUUCUGUCCGGCCAAGUUUUUGCACCAUGACCGCCUGCUCUGCCACCUUCAGAGGCACACGAACACGGGAUCCUUUGACUGCUUCCUGUGUGAAAAGAAAUUCUCGAAGUCCCACAGCAACAACUACGAAUCAUGGGCUACCACAAGUGCUGCUGAAAGCCAAGCCAUAGCCAGUGUUGUAUCCUGGGAAUGUGGCGGCUCCAAUGCCUUGAUGUGCAGCGAUUGUGGCUUCACAGGCCAUGAUGAAGCUGUGCUUGCAGAGCACCGGCGAGUGGUCCAUCAGUUUGGUACCAGUGAUUCGGGGCCAGAAUACCAGUGCCAGUUCUGCCCGUCCAAAUUUUUGCACCAUGACCGCCUGCUGUGCCACCUUCAGAGGCACACGAACACGGGAUCCUUUGACUGCUUCCUGUGUGAAAAGAAAUUCUCGAGAGAACAGGUCCUUCCACGAGCCACUGCUCCCACCACAAGCCAGGCCAUCGACGGGGGUGUGGAUGAAGUCGGUGUGGAGAACGGCGCUGAGGCCUUCAGGUGCGACAUCUGCCUCUUCACGUGCCCCUGUGAUUCUGAGCUUGCGGAGCACAUGAGAGCAUUGCACGCCGACCCUUUAAACCGAAACUGGUUCAAGUGCCACUACUGUCGAGUCUCAUUUCAGCGUCGUGACCGCUUGAUGGUGCAUCUACAAAAGCACACCGGCACCGGCUUCUUUGACUGCUUCCUCUGCGUCAGAAAGUUUGCGAGCGAGCAGAACCUCUUGCGCCAUGUCCGGACUGUGCACGGUGCCUCAGAGAACUUCCCUUGCCAACUCUGCCCGAGGACAUUCACGCGCAAGGACAACUUAUUGGUGCACAUCCGAAAGCACCGCAAUGACCGUUGCUGA